AUGAGCUAUCUGGCAAUUAUAGGCCAUUUGGCCUUGCCACUAGUGGCCCUGAGUAGCAUUCCAGCCUGUCAAAGCAUCAUCCGCCGCAGAACUAAAUACGAACCACUCAACUUAACCAAAGAUGGAUACCGAGACGCCGAUGGCGAAGCGACCGAGGAAUCCAUCCGUGCAUUCUCGGAUAAAUGGCAGAAAGCCGCUAUUGCACUAUUCACAACGACUGGAUUACUGUCAACCCUCGCAUUGGCUGUAUUGAUAACCCUGAACCUGAACCAAUAUGGAACAAAAUUGAUUUGGCUGCAAUUCGGGGUGUGGUGCUUCCUCACUAUUCAAGCAGUCGCUUUUUACAUAGAGCCCCGACCGACCACCAGGUAUUUCCUGGGCCACUUCGCUCUCUGGGGAAGUCUACUCGCCAUCGCAUACCCAGCUACCGAAUUAAGUGUAUUCCUCAUAUCCGGAUGGAAGGCGCAACGCGGUAUCUGGGCUGGGUUGCUGAUUGCGCAGAUAGGCAGCGCAUUUCUGCGCGGUCUGUUUGCUGUACUACUUCCCCGUCGCCCAGAUGUGUUUUUUAACGGCAAGCCUGUUGAUCGCGAGCUCUCCACCUCGCUACUGGGUCGCUUUAGCUUUAGCUGGGCUGGGGGACUGCUGAACUAUGCAGCUAAGAAGAAGACCAUGGAGUUGGAUGAUAUUCCCAAGCUUCCGGCUUCGAAGCGCGUGGGGGUCCUCCGAGAGAACCUGGAGGCCGUGAGAGGGAAUCGCAAGUUAUGGAGAGCGAUCGCAAGAGCGCACCCAGGGGCAUUGCUAGCCCAGACGAUUCUGAGUUUCGUCAUUUGCUUCUUGAACUUUGGACCUCAGCUGGCGCUGUUGAAGAUUCUACAAGCGCUGGAGCUGCGAGAUACCCCAUUUUGGAACCCUGCUGCGGCCUAUAUCUGGGUCGUGGCACUGGGAGGACUCAUGUUUUUGGCAUCCAGUUCGGAGGCAUGGUUGUUCUGGAUUGCGUAUUCCAAACUGGGAGUACCAAUUUAUGCGGAACUGUCUGCUGUGGUUUUUGCCAAGGCGAUGCGCCGCAAAGAUGUGAAGCAAUCCAAGAAGUCUAAAGAUGAUUCGGAUGAGACAAAACCAUCUGACGAUGAUGAAGACGCUUUGAAAAAAAGCAGACAGAGCAUCAUCAACCAUGCGGCUGUUGAUGCGCGACGCAUUUCAGACUUUGCUGCCUUCAACUAUGUCAUUCCGCAGGCGUCUUUCCGAAUCAUUAUCGGAGCGGUCUUUUUAGUGCAAAUUCUUGGCUGGCGCAGUGCUUUCGCCGGUCUCUCAGUUGCGGCACUUGUGACGCCACUAAAUAUCUAUGCAGCGAAGAAAUAUUCUGGCGCACAAGAUCGUCUGAUGAAACAUCGUGACCAGAAGCUGGCCAUUGUGACAGAAGUGCUCCAAGGAAUCAGACAGAUCAAGUUCUCGGCAUUGGAAGAGCAAUGGCAGAAUCGUGUUCGGGAGGUCCGAGAGACAGAGCUCAGAGCUCUGUGGGCAUCAUUCUUGGCUGAUAUCGGCCUGCUCGCAAUCUGGAUCCUCGGUCCAGUCGGUCUGUCUGCUGUCUCCUUGGCUACCUAUGCCAUCUUGAACGGUGGUCUGUCGCCCUCUGUCGCUUUCACGGCUAUGGCGGUUUUCACUUCUCUGGAGGUGUCCCUUGCUGUUAUCCCCGAGCUGAUGUCCAUGGGUCUGGAGGCCAAGGUUAGUGCGGAUCGUAUUCAUGAGUUCCUCGAUACACCUGAGAAGGUCGUGAACACUGCCCCCGCCGAAUACAUCGCCUUCGAAGAUGCCUCGAUUGCAUGGCCUGCGGACGAAGAGGAGGCACAAGAAUUAGAAGAGCGUUUCGUUCUUCGCGAUAUGAGCUUGAAAUUCCCGACUAAGGGUCUUAGUGUGAUCUCUGGCCGAACCGGCUCUGGAAAGAGUCUGCUCCUUUCUUCCAUCCUCGGUGAAUGCGAUGUCCUCGGUGGUACCUUGAAGGUACCCGUUCCCCCUCCUAUUGAGGAGCGCUUUGAUCACCAUGCUACAAAGGCCAAUUGGAUCAUUGAUUCAGCCAUUGCCUACGUUGCGCAAAUCCCCUGGAUAGAAAAUGCAACCAUCAAAGCCAAUAUUCUGUUCGGGCUCCCGGAUGACGAAGAACGCUAUAAGAAGGUGCUCUUCGCUUGCGCGCUGGAGAAGGACUUCCAAAUGCUUCCAGAUGGAGAUCAAACUGACAUUGGUGCCAACGGCGUUAAUCUGAGUGGUGGCCAACGUUGGCGUGUUUCCUUUGCCCGUGCAUUAUACUCACGGGCAGGCAUACUCGUCAUGGAUGACAUAUUCAGCGCGUUGGAUGCCCAUACUGGUCGUCAUGUCUUCGAGCACGCUCUCAUUAGUGAGUUGGGUCAAGGUCGCACUCGGAUUUUGGUCACCCAUCACGUUGCCCUGUGUUUGCCUGGCACCGAUUAUUCCGUGUUGCUGGAGAAUGGUCGAAUCAAGUAUGCCGGGACAAUUGAUGAUUUGAAACAAGCCCAUCAUCUGGAAUAUAUCCUGCGCGAAGAAGAGGACGAGGAAAAUCAUCAUUCCGUGAUCGAAGAAGAACACGAGCUGCUUAAUGAGGAGGAAGAAUCGGGUCUUCAAAAGGUCGUUUCGAAUACCUCGCACCAAAGACCGAGUACGACUGUCAACACCCAUACUGCCAAUGGAAACGGACACAUCAAUGGGAAUGGGAGUGCUGCACCCGCAUCCACCCCGAAGAAGUUCGUCGAAGACGAGAAGCGCGAGACUGGCUCUGUGCGGCUCGCUGUCUAUCUCGCCUUCAUGAAGAAAGGUGGCUCAGCGAUCUUCUGGCUGGCGACAGCCUUGGUCUUCCUGUCAUUUGCUGGUCUCAUGGUUGGCAGGGCCUGGUGGAUCAAUGUCUGGACAGGAUCGACGUCUAAUACCGAAUAUCAUCAUGAUCAGUACCAUGCUCUACUGCAACACACCAUGCAACCAACCGGAUCAGUUCGACAAGACGACGAACUUGCCAAGUACCUCAGCAUUUACGUCGCUAUCUCUUUCAGUGCCUGUAUCCUCGGAACGCUGCGAUACUAUUUCACCUUGCGCGUGGCCAUCCGAGCUUCGAGAAACCUGUUCAAUGGGUUAAUCUAUAGUAUCCUCCGCGCACCACUCCGAUGGUUGGAUACAGUCCCAUUGGGCCGAAUUCUAAACCGAUUCACAGCCGACUUCCACUCCAUUGAUUCGCGAAUUGGAUACGAUAUUGGAUUCCUUUUCGCUAGACUUCUCGACCUGGUGGCGGUCAUGGUGGCAGGAAUGCUGGUCGACUGGCUGGUCAUCCUGUUCGGUCUACUCCUUCUAGCUGUAUGUUUGAAGCUCGCAAUCACUUAUUUGGGCGGCGCGCGUCAAACGAAACGACUUGAAAGCACAGCGAAGAGCCCGGUGUUUGAACAAUUCGGUUCGAGUCUUGCUGGUCUCAUCACGAUUCGUGCUUUCAGCAAGCCAGACACUUACAUUAACAUCAUGUACGACAAAAUCAACCACCACGCCCAAGCAUGGUGGACGCUUUGGCUUUUCAACCGGUGGCUCGGCUUCCGGAUGAACGUCGUUGGCGCAAUCUUCUCAGCUGUCGCCGCUGGCCUUGUCGUCUACGUGCCGGGUAUCACUGCUUCACUUGCAGGCUUUGCUCUCAGCUUCGCACUGCAAUACAACAAUGCCAUCACGAUGGCUCUGCGUCAGUACGCUAACCUGGAGUUGAAUAUGAAUGCCACAGAACGUGUCAUCGAAUACUCCAACAUCGAACUUGAGAACCAAGGAGGAGUAGAUGCACCCGCUGCCUGGCCAACAGAAGGCCGUCUUGAAGUCCAGGAUCUAGUCGUGGGCUAUGCACCUGAACUCCCACCCGUACUGAAAGGCCUCAGUUUCACAGCCGAAAGCAACCAACGGGUCGGUGUCGUCGGACGCACAGGCGCAGGCAAAUCAUCCCUCACACUAGCACUGUUCCGAUUCCUAGAAGCACGAUCUGGUCAAAUUUUCAUUGACGGUCUGGACGUUGCAAAAAUAAAGCUCCAUGACCUCCGCAGUCGUCUGGCAAUCAUCCCCCAAGACCCAGUCUUGUUCUCUGGAACAGUGCGAUCGAAUCUCGACCCCUUCGACGAAUACAGCGACACAGAGCUAUACGAUGCUCUUGCACGCGUGCAUCUCAUUUCCGAAGCCGACGACGAUGAGCUAACACUUACUUCCCGAGCCGCCACACCCCGCGUCAGCGAAACAGGCGCGUCAACACCAGCGACUCCACAAAAGAGUAACGCGAACGCAUUCACUUCUCUUUCCGCUACCAUCUCAGAAGGAGGACUUAAUCUCUCGCAGGGUCAGAGACAGCUACUUUGUCUUGCUCGAGCUAUUGUUGCCCGGCCUAAGAUCAUGGUUCUGGAUGAGGCGACUUCGGCUGUGGAUAUGGAGACUGAUGCGCUCAUUCAACAGUCUAUUCGGGCGGAAUUUGGUCGCAAUGCCACUACCCUGUUGGUUAUUGCGCAUCGACUUAGUACUAUUGCUGACUUUGAUCGGAUUCUUGUGAUGGAUGUUGGGCAUGCUGCUGAGUUUGGGUCGCCGAGGGAGUUGAUGGGGAUUGAAGGGGGCAUUUUCAAAAAUUUGGUGGAGAAUAGUGGUGAGAAGGAUGUUUUGGAGAAGAUGAUCUUUGCGUGA